AUGGUCAAGGCGCAAAGCAUUCUCGACAAGUCGUUGAGCAAAGGCAAAGCUGAGGUUAAUUUAUCAACAUUCGCCGUUCUCUUCUCUGAAAUCAUCGCAUAUGUACAACAACGGGUGAAAACAACAGAUCAGCUUCAUGAUAAACUUGUCUCGCUGGGGAAGUCCGUCGGUAUUCGCAUGUUGGAUUUGAUUGUGUUGCGCGAGAAGGGUUACAAACGGGAAACACGCCUGUUAGGCAUGCUGAUGUUUCUAAAGAGCACCGUCUGGAAGAACCUUUUUGGUAAGGAGGCCGAUCGUCUGGAGCGGGCAAAUGAUGACCCACAUACAUAUCUAUUGAUCGAGAAGGAGCCUCUAGUAAAUGCCUACAUUUCACUUCCAAAAGAUAAGGCGCAUCUGAAUUGCGCGGCCUUCUCGGCGGGAAUUGUCGAAGCAAUGUUGGAGGCCUCGAAUUUCCCGUGCAAAGUCGGAGCACAUUGGCACGAGGGUGCGACAACGUAUCUCAUCAAAUUUGAAGAAUCUUUUGUGCCAAAAGAGAUUACGACGAUACCGGCUAAUCUUCAUAGUCAUCUGUUUCCACAUGUACCGAUCCCAUCCAGCUCGGCCGAUGUUAAUGCCGACCCUUUCUUAUCGUCCCUACAGCUACCAACUUUACGAGACUCGCGUCUUCUGCAACAUUUUGAGGCCCUUGCAAGGGAGCAAGUUGGUGAUUAUGUAAAGCUCAUGGACGAGAUGCUGACAUGGGACCUGGAGAAGUACUACCAACUGUUGCCGGGACAUCCUGGAAGUCGCUGGGCAUACCAAUAUCGCACGGGCUGGACCAGAUACGACCACCAAACUGGCAAGACGGAACAGGUUCCCUAUCCGCGCGAGCAGUGCUGCGUUUUCGAUCUGGAAGUGUCUGUGGCUGACGCUGAUCCGGGCCAAAUCCCGACCCUCGGCCUCGCCCUGUCCAACAAGGCGUGGUACUCCUGGUGCUCAGCGCGGCUCAUUAGGCUCGACUUUCCCUAUCCAAAAUACAUCACCAAGAAAAACUUGGUGCAGCUGUCCGGCGGUUCGGAGGACACGACAAAGCGGUUGAUCGUUGGUCACAAUAUCGGCUAUGAUAGGGCUCGCUCGCAGGAGCCGUAUUUGGAAAAGCGCACUGGAAUUCGCUAUAUGGACACGAUGUGUAUGGGAGUCUCGAUGUACGGCAUGGCUGAUCAUCAACAGGGUCUCUACAACAAAGACGACAUCGCAGAACCUACCUGGUCCCAAUUUAUGCGCAAGCCAAAGGAUCUGGGGGAAAUUAGAAAAGUCGAGGAUCAAUGGAGGCCAACGACGACGCGUGUCGCCUUAACGGAUCUGAGCAGAUUCCUCGUUAAUAAGCACCAGCAGAAGGACCAGUUGUCGGAGGCGAUUCGCUCUCUUUCGAAAUCCACGCGAAACGACUUUGUAAACUACGAUGUCACGCAUUUCCGGGAGGGGACUGGCAAUUUUGAGGUGUCGAUGGACUAUUGCGCGAAGGAUGUUCUCGCGACGGCGAAGAUCUUUCAGCUAAUGUGGCCCGUUUAUAAGGAAAUGUAUCCGUCUCCGAUCUCGACAUUUGGCUACCUCAAUAUGGGCGAUGCUCGACUUCCGAUCAAUAAAAAUUGGCCGCUCUUCUACAAAGAUGCCGAAGAUCAAGCGCGAACUCAGAAAACCGAGUCGUCCGCAGGUUACGUAGCAGCGGCGCGUGAACUCUACGACAGCGCCGAUGGAUCCGAUCUGUGGCUGUGGACUGAAGAUUGGGAUCAGAACAAAAAAGGAGUGCUGAAAUGGUUUGCGUCGAUUGUCGACAAGGCUGAGGACUGUGAAGCGGCGCUCGCCGGCAGAUGGGUGUCUACAGAUUGGUCACCAACAAGGACCCUGAUCUUUGGAAUGGCGGUUGGGCCCUAUCCCCUCUUCAACCAUCGUGAAUAUGGAUGGGGCUUUUUGGUGCCACCGCCGGAUUACCACGAUUUGUUCGACGAGCUUGAAGACAAGGACCAAACAGUCCGAAUUGGAUCCGAAACCCUCCGCAUGCCAUUGACUCGUAUACUGAAAGCCAUCGCGAAAUGGAGCCGCGACCAUAAGCCAGAAGACGUUGGAAAUCACCUGGAUCUGAAUGCAUUGACUAAAGACGAGAAGCUGUUGCAUCCGCUGAUCUUCUAUCAGUUACCAAGGAGCGAUGCUGCUGGGAAAAAGGUGACCAAGGUGUCGUCACCUUUUCAAAAAGCCUAUAGGCCGCUGCUGAUCAAUGGAACUAUUAGAGCUACAAGAUUUGAACAGGCCUUUCAAAAAGCCCUGCAAACCGUCCACACCACACAUUUUUGGGGCAAUUACAAGAAACGCUACAAGGACGAGAUCCAAGUAUGGAAUGAUGACGCGUGGGAGGCCGGAAAGAUGCCGGAAGGCGCCUUGGCCCCAGGAAUUCGCCCCGCCGGUACCGUAUCCCGCCGAGCCGUGCACAAUCUUUGGGUGACCCUGACCAACGUCAAGAGUGCGGCUGAAGACCGUAUCGGAACGCAUCUGAAAUCGAUGGUGCAGGCGCCGCUCGGAUAUUGUUUUGUUGGAGCUGAUGUCGAUUCCCAAGAACAAUGGCUGGCCGCGUUGUUUGGUGAUGCGAGUGAUGCUGCCGGAUUGGACGUGUCUGAGAGGCGUGCUGGUCGGACCCCUUUUUCCAAUAUGGCCCUAGCCGGUCAACGGUCCGAUAACAGCGACCUGCACUCGGUGGUCGCCAAAGAUUUGGGGAUUCCGAGAGACACGGCAAAGGUCCUAAACUACGCACGACUCUACGGCGCCGGGAAGGAAAAUGCGAAGGGUACUCUGAGGCAAAGUGGAAUCGAUGGUGAACGGGCCGACGAAUUGGCGACGGUUUUGCUGGAGACGACGAAAGGACGGCAAAUUCCAUUCCGUCGUCUGAAGCCGAUGCUGAUCCCGUUUUUCGAGCAGUACGCCAAGGAGAAAAACGUGCGAGAGGGAUUUCUUCGUGUCGGUGAUGGAAUGUAUCUGCCAGAGUAUGGGACCGAAGGUGACCUUACCUACAACUUCGAGCAGUGGAUCCAGGAACGACUACAGGCCCAAAAUUUGAAAUCAGCACAAUUGGGCGAGAAUGUUGUGCCCAGCCUCUAUUUGGAUUAUCCAACCACCGAGAAGUUUUUCGUCGGCGGCUACGAAUCGCCUACAUUCAACUUCUUGCUUGCAUCCGCGCGAGAAGACGUCAUGCGAACACCAGUUCUCAAAGCAACGCUUGGCGCGGGACUAGCCGUUCCGGAGACCUCAAGAGGUGUGGGCAGAAUCCUGUUUCGCGAUUCACUAAUGAGAAGUCGUCAGAAUUGGAUCGUCCAAUCGUCAGCCGUCGAUUUUUUGCAUUUAUUGCUGCUGAGUAUGGAGUGGCUGUGCUCUACCUACAAGAUCGACGCCCGGUUUAUGAUUUCAAUUCAUGACGAGGUCCGAUACGUUUGCCACCAAGAGGACGCGGCGCGUUGUGCCUUGGCCCUGAUGCUAAGCAACAUGUACGUACGGGCCACAAUCUCUGACGUGCUCGGCAUCCCGCAAUUGCCCUUGAACAUUGCCUUCUUCUCGCAAGUCGACGUAGACACGGUGCUUCGGAAGGAGGUCAAGACGGUCUGCCGAAAUCCUGAUGGUGGCUCGCCGCCGGACGGUGAAGCCUGGGAUAUUGCCGAAGUGCUGCGGAGGACCGGUGGACGUCUCGAUAAGCAG